UAAAGAAAGCCACUCAAGCUUUUAAUGUGAGCAUUAGUCGUCCAACAGCGACACGCCAAGCAACAUAAAACAGUAGCUUUUUUAAAAAUUAUAAAAACAUUUUCUUUCAAUUUAUUCAUGAAACGAUUGUUACAACGGAUAUCAAGACACCGACCGAACGUAUUUAAUCAACGUACAGGGUAGUGUUUGGUCGUUUGUUCAUUUGUGAGCAUCUUUUGUUUUUUAAAAGGCUUAAAGCUAUAUCCUGUUUGGAUUGUGCGAUCAACCAAUGAAUUGUUAAAUUAUUCGUAUUAUGAUCGUAUUUGCUUUCUGGCUAUUGGUCGGCUUGACCAAGGCUACUAACUCAAUAGAUGCAACAGUAAUGCCUACAGAAACACGGGUAGAGCAUUCGGUGUCUUUCGAAACUGCUCACAAAAAUCCAGAAGUUAACGAGGAAAAUGAUUUUCAUACUUCACAUAAAACAUGCCAAUAUGACAUGGACGCAGAAUUCAAGAAUAUGAACCUACUGCCUACCAAAGAACGUCCCGAACUGAACCCAGUACUCAGCGCUCUGAUCAAUGAAGAUGUAAUGAAAAGCAUUGAAGCUAAACGUGCCAUUGAACAAGCUGAAUUGGAAAUGAUAAAAGCCGAGGUAGAGGCUGCGGCUAGUUCUGUAUAUAAAUCGAAAGAUAAUUUAGAUAACAUGGCGUCUUCUUCCAACACCGAAGUUCCUAUUCCAGCGCUAACAACUAAUAUCCCCAUGAAAAAAACUAAAUUAGAAGAUGAUGAGAUGAAUCUUGAUUUUGUCGAUCAAUCUAUUAAUUUGGAGUAUGCCGGUUCCGAAAUUAAUAAAAAAUCACGUAUUGAGAUAAAAAAGGGCCCCAAUGGUCAAGAUUAUGAGUAUGAAUACGUUUAUUACUACGAGGAUGAUGAAGAUGAUAACAAGCCCAAAGUAGUAGCAGAAGAAGUUAAGGCUGAAUCACGUGGAAAAUCACGUUAUACAAAUAUUGAGCGUAGUACGGCUGCCACGCCGACUGAUAAUAGCUUAGUUAGUGGCAAAGCAAAAGGUCGCUCUUCAAGCGUGUCUGGCAGUGAGGAAAGCAUAGAUGCAGAACGCUUGCCAGCUAAUACACGAUUCCCAAGUCGUGGUAAAAUUGCCGAUGUAACUCCUACACCUGCUUCAGACUCACUUGAAACGGCCGCCGAAAAGAAAAAAAUUAGCAUUAAACGUCCCAGUUUAGAGUUGGUGGAUAGUGAAACAUUCAACACAGACGAAAAACAAGUAAAAGGUACCCGCAAUGGAGACAAUAUUGUAAUUGAGCAAGAAAUAGCUGCGCAAGCAGCCGCUGCGGCUGCAGGAAAAGCCAAAGAUGCAAAAAAUGAUAAAGUUAAGGAAGAAAAAGCAAACAUCGCUAGUGAGAUCACUCAAGAAACUACUCCAACAAUGGAAAAAGCAGCGUUAGAUUUAUAUGCCAUACUUGCUAAUGAAAAUAAUAAUAUGGAAGGGACCACCAUAUCCGACGUAGCCGAAGAAUCUGAUCUUACGACAAUUGCGCCAGAUACAACUGAUACAUAUUCAGAAGAAGGUCUGACGACUAUAAUGGAGGAAGAACCCAGUUCUACCACCACUACUACCACAACAACACCUAAACCUACUACAACUACAACUACCACCACAACCACUACUACGACUACGACAACAUCAGUUCCGUUAUUUGGCGGCAAACGAGCUGGCAUAGGCGGACGUAAUCGGUAUAAGCCAAAACCUAAUGCCAGUUCAGUCACAACCUCUACAACCACUGAAGAACCAAGCGCUCAAGAGCCACCUAAAAGCGGAAGAAAUCGCUUCUCAAGACCUUCUAUUGGCGGUCGUAAUCGACCUGGUGCUAAAACAACAGCUGCUCCUAACAAUGCAGAAGAGGACGAAAUUAGUGUUAAGGAAGCGAAACCGAUUAGCUCUGGUUUUGGCCGUAAUAAACCACGCAAUCGGUUCAAUUUACGGGGCAGCAGCACGACUGCUGAACCUUUAGAAUCUCAUCCAUCAGGUAAUCAAGAUGACUCUGUAGCGAGUACCACAACACGAAACUUACGUGGUCGUCCAAAUCUGAAUUUACGUGGUCGCAGCAGGCCAACUACUACAAAAGCUCCCACAUCGGACGUGGAUUUAAAUGAUAGCGAAAACACUGUGGAUGAUAAGCCCGCAAUAGCAGCUGCAACUCCCGGUAAAUCAUCCCGUUUCAAUAUUAAUCGUGCCGCUGGAAAUCGCUUGCCUGCACGCGGAAAAUUUUCCAAGCCUACUACGGAAUCAUCCGCAACAGCUGGCGAUGAUUCUGCAGUUGAUAAUGAUAUUAAAUCUGAAGGAGAUGAAAACGAAAAACCGGCAACCGUGGAAGCACCGUUACCAGGUAAUAGCUUAAAUCGCUUAAAGAACAGAGCGCGUCCAGGUGGCUUACAAAAGACUGAUAAACCUAAAAUAGCAGCACCGCCUGCAGCACCAAGAAAAGUAAAUCCUCUACUCGCUAAACGACGUUUGCAAUUAGGACCAUCGACCACAGAAACCGCUCCAACAGGAGAAGCAGCUGACUCUUCCGAAGAAUCUUAUAAGGAGGAAACCGCUGAAGCUACAAACGAAGAGGCAAAAGUUGAAACAACAGAAGAGUCGGAGACUACAACAAAGACUCAACCACGUGGUUUAGCUUUACUGGGUCAAAGAAGGCGAUUACCUCUAAGAAAACCCGGAACUUCACUAUAAAUAAAAUCAAAUAGGAACACAACGUAAAAAAGAGUGCUUUCAAAAGAUUUGCUUCCUCUUACCUAAUACUCAAGGCAAUUACACCAAUAGUGACUUCACGCUACGAAAUACCAUAACUACUUCUACUCUUAUUCACUGUUCACAACUUAAUUAAUUCGGAAGGGAAAGCAAUUGUGUUCAAAACCUAUAAAUGUAUAUUUUUAAGUAGGAAUACAAGAAAAAGAAAACAACAUAUAAUACUGACGUAGUCCCAGAUAUGCUC